UGGAAAACCUGCCUCCCUCCCAGCCUGGGUGUGGCUCCCCUCUCCCCUCCUGAGGCAAUCAGCAGCGCUCUACACAAAGCUCAGCCCGGGACUGGACUGUCUGAAGGAGUGCAGUCUCCAGCUCCUGCCGACGCGAUCAGUUCCUCCGGGAAGGAUGCAGAGGCUCGCAGAGCUGGCCGCUGCUUUGGGCACCUUCUUGGGCCUGCUGGCAGCGGCAGCAAUGGCAGGCCCUAACCAUCCUCAGAUAGACACCCUCAACAUGCUUCCUGUCCACCAUCGCCAAAAGAGAGACUGGAUUUGGAAUCAAAUGCAUAUAGAUGAAGAAAAAAACACCUCCCUACCCCACUAUGUGGGAAAGAUCAAGUCCAGCGUGGACCGGAAGAAUGCUAAGUAUGUGCUCCAAGGACGGACUGCUGGGUCAAUCUUCCGGGUCAAUGCUGACACAGGGGAUGUGUAUGCCUUUGAGAGGUUAGACCGGGAGAAGGUAUCCGAGUACCAACUUACUGCCCUCAUUGUGGACAAGAACAACAACCAAGACCUGGAACGCCCUUCCAGCUUCACUAUUAAGGUUCAUGACGUAAACGACAAUUGGCCUGUGUUUACACGCCAGGUGUUCAACGCUUCUGUGUUCGAGAUGUCAGCUGUAGGGACCUCUGUCAUCCGUGUGACAGCUGUGGAUGCAGAUGACCCCACUGUGGCCGGCCACGCCACUGUCAUGUACCAGCUCCUGAAAGGAAAUGAGCACUUCAACAUUGAUAAUACUGGACUCAUUUUCACAAAUGAUAAAAACUUGGACAGAGAGACGCGGGCUGAGUACAGGGUUGUGGUGGAAGCACGAGACGCCCAGGGUCUGCGGGGAGAGUCGAGCACGGCCACUGUGCUGAUCACACUGGAAGACAUCAAUGACAACUUCCCCAUCUUCACUCAGUCCACAUACACAUUUACGGUGCCUGAAGACAUCCGUGUGGGCAGCCCCUUGGGGUUUCUAACUGUGGAGGACCCAGACGAGCCUCAGAACCGGAUGACCAAGUACAGCAUCAUGCACGGCGAGUACAGGGACACCUUCACCAUUGAGACAGAUCCCAACCGUAAUGAGGGCAUCAUCAAGCCCACCAAGCCCCUGGACUAUGAGCUCAUCCAGCAGUAUACAUUCUACAUUGAGGCCACAGACCCCACAAUCAGACUCAGCUACCUGAGCAGCACUGCGGGCAAAAACAAAGCCAAGAUCACCAUCAAUGUCAUGGAUGUGGAUGAGCCCCCUGUCUUCCAGCGACACUUCUAUCACUUCCAACUGCUAGAGAACCAGAAGAAACCUCGGAUCGGCACUGUGGUGGCCAAAGACCCUGACAAGGCACAGCGCACCAUUGGAUACUCCAUCCGAAAGACCAGUGACAGAGGCCAAUUCUUCCGAAUAACCAAACAGGGGGACAUCUAUAAUGAAAAAGAACUGGACAGAGAAACCCAUGCCUGGUAUAACCUGACUGUGGAGGCCAAUGAACUGGAUUCUAAAGGUAACCCUGUGGGUAAAGAAUCCAUUGUGCAGGUUUACAUUGAAAUUUUGGAUGAGAACGACAACCCCCCGGAAUUUGCCCAGCCCUAUGAACCUAAAGUGUGUGAGAAUGCAGCCCAGGGCAAGCUGGUAGUGCAGAUCUCUGCGGUGGACAAGGAUGUGAUGCCACCAAACACAAAGUUCAAGUUUUCCCUGAAGACCGAGGACAGCAACUUCACCCUCAUUAACAACCACGACAAUACGGCCAACAUCACAGUCAAGUAUGGGCGGUUUGACCGCGAGCGUGCCAAGUUCCACUAUCUACCCGUGCUCAUCUCAGACAAUGGAGUACCCAACCUGACUGGAACCAGCACGCUAACAGUGGCUGUGUGCAAAUGCAAUGAACAGGGCGAGUUCACCUUCUGCGAGGAGAUGGCAGCGCAGGCGGGCGUCAGCAUCCAGGCGCUGGUGGCCAUCUUCCUCUGCAUCCUCACCAUCACAGUGAUCACCCUGCUCAUCUUCCUGCGGAGGCGGCUCCGGAAGCAGGCACACGCCCACAGCAAGGGCGCGCUUGAGAUCCAUGAGCAGCUGGUCACCUACGACGAGGAGGGUGGCGGCGAGAUGGACACCACCAGCUACGACGUGUCGGUGCUGAAUUCGGUGCGCAGCGGCUCCACCAAACCGCUGCGGUCCACGAUGGACGCCCGACCAGCUGUGUACACGCAGGUGCAGAAGCCGCCUCGGCUAGCGCCCGGGGCGCACGGCGGGCCCGGGGAGAUGGCCACCAUGAUCGAGGUGAAGAAAGAAGAGGCAGACAAUGACGGCGGCGGGCCCCCCUACGACACACUGCACAUCUACGGCUACGAGGGCUCCGAGUCCAUCGCAGAGUCACUCAGCUCCCUGAGCACCAAUUCCUCCGACUCUGACAUCGACUAUGACUUCCUCAACGACUGGGGACCCAGGUUCAAAAUGCUGGCGGAGCUGUACGGCUCCGAUCCCCGGGAGGAACUUAUCAUCUAGGGUUUCCGGUCUCUGGGCCCCAGGACCCAGACUCAUUGCAGCCUGGAUCAGACACCUGACACCACCUUCCCUGAUUUCCAAGGAGUGGCACGGACUCUCCAGCCUAGCAUCCCUUGCCUGUGGGUACCAAAGACCUUCCAUCGUCAAAGUAGCAAAUUCCAGGUCCCUUAAAUCUGCAGGGACAGAGGCGUGUUUCAUUGAUGGCCACUCCAAACACUGGGAAAGUGAGGCUCUUGUUCUAUCUGGGCUCCCACCCUGUCCUCCCUCCCACACAUACACACUUCCAAUCUCUCCCAGGCUUAUGUUCCCUUCAAAACUGCCAAGCAAAGCUGCCUAUGCUGAACUAUGAGGAGCCUUCCCGAAGUGUCCCUGAGUCCUCUGUCUGUCUGAAGGCAGAAGACUGGGUGGUAUGAGCUACCAGACAGAACUCCGAAGCCCGGUCCUGAGAGAGGUUGUCACUGAUCCGUCAUACCUGCUCUUAGGAGCCUCCCUCAUACCUACCCCGGGCCUUGUCCAGGGAGGAAGGAGGCUGUCAGCAGCUCCUGACCUUGGGACUGAGGUGAUCCAGCAGGCCCGCAGCCGCAUUAACUGCUUCACUGAGCAAUGACCUAGUCCAUCAACUUCAGGGAAAUGGCUUUCUGAAUUGGAAGCAACUGUGAACUCACCCAGGAAGGACUGUGGAGACCAUAGGUGACCAGGCAUAGAGCAAGGAUAGCCUCCAACCUAUUCCUCACCAACACCCUACAGGAGCUAAGAAACCCAUCUGACAGGCAACCCUUCUCCAGGCUGCCUGUGGGAGGCAGCUGCCUUGCCUGGUCACCCCUGCUGCCUGCUUAUCUCUUGGAGACACCCACCAUGCAAACUCAGCAAGCAUGGUCAAUGCCCCAAAUCAAACGUAACCGCAUCACAGAGCCACGAUGCCAUUUGCCUUUUCUCCUGGUUGCCACAUCUCAGGGAAUGACACCCCAUCCCCCACCCCCGCCUCGGCACACCCUGCAGAACGCAAGGCCCCUGCCCUUUCCAAGAGCAGGGGCCUCCCUGCAUCUCUCCCUCGGAGGGAUUUGAGUAACUUUCCACUCAAGUCACGAGACGGGAGGAGGGGGCAAUCCAGACUCAAAGUGGUCCAGGCGAGGCAGAAACAUGCCAUCUGCUCGCCCUCCGUUGCGAACCCCUCCCCCAACAAGGUCUCUCUGCAGGGGCUGUAGAUAGCACUGACAUUUGUUUAACCAAUAAUUAGUUUUUCUUAUUUUUUUUUUUUUUUUACUAAUUAUACUUACAAGUCUUUAGUUCUCACAAACAUAGCGUAAGUUUAUUAUGGAUAAUAAUCGGGUUGUUAUUUGGGUUAACAAUUUUAAUUCGGGGUUUUUUGUUUUUUUGUUUUUCUAGUUAGAUAAACAAUUCCUGUAAUUUUCUAUUUCCUUUUGUAGUAAUUGCUGUAUGGAUAAUGACUAAACAUUGGUCUCCCUGGUGCAUGAGAUGUACUGUACCUUUUUAUAUUUUAUAUCUAAAUAAAGACAUCUUGAAGUUC